UUUUGACUUGACGUUUAUUUUGAUCAUCGGCUGAUGUGACGUGUAAAGAAAUUAAAUCGAAUUAUUUAAAAGUUUUUAAAUUAAAAUGGGUACUUUUAAAAGGGAUACUCAUGAUGAUGAUGGGGGAUCCAGUGCUUUUCAAAACCUGGAAAAAACCACUGUUUUGCAAGAAGCUAGAGUUUUUAAUGAAACUAGUGUAAAUCCAAGAAAAUGUACACCAAUACUAACAAAACUGUUGUAUUUAUUGAACCAGGGUGAAACUUUGAGUGCCAAAGAGGCCACGGAUGUUUUCUUCGCCAUGACAAAACUAUUCCAAUCAAAAGAUGUAAUAUUAAGAAGGAUGGUUUAUUUGGGAAUUAAAGAACUCAGUUCUGUUGCUGAUGAUGUCAUUAUUGUAACAUCCAGUCUUACAAAAGAUAUGACUGGUAAAGAAGACAUGUACAGAGCAGCUGCUAUUAGAGCAUUAUGCAGUAUUACUGAUGCUACUAUGCUUCAAGCUAUAGAACGUUAUAUGAAGCAAGCUAUUGUAGAUAGAAACCCAGCUGUCAGUUCAGCAGCACUAAUUAGUUCAUUACAUAUGAGCAAAUUAGCUCCAGAUGUAGUAAAAAGAUGGGUAAAUGAAGCUCAAGAAGCAGUAAAUAGUGAUAAUGCCAUGGUACAGUAUCACGCAUUAGGUCUCCUAUACCAUAUUAGGAAGACUGAUAAGCUAGCAGUGACAAAAUUGAUUUCCAAACUGAAUCAAAUGGGUUUAAAGAGUCCUUACGCUUUAUGUAUGUUGAUAAGAAUCACUGCAAAACUUUUAGAAGAAGAGGACCAAGAGUCUCUCCUCAACUCUCCAUAUACGAUGAUAUUUACAAUGGGCUUGCGGAACAAAUCUGAAAUGGUAGUCUAUGAAGCUGCACAUGCCAUGGUUAACCUUAAGCUCACAAGUAGUACGGUGUUAGCACCCGCUAUAAGUGUUCUCCAACUAUUUUGUGGAUCUCCUAAAGCUACACUCAGAUUUGCUGCUGUUAGAACUUUAAAUCAAGUAGCCACCACCCACCCUGCCUCAGUGACAGCUUGUAAUUUGGAUCUAGAAAAUUUGAUUACUGAUUCUAAUAGAUCAAUUGCUACAUUGGCCAUUACUACUCUUUUGAAAACAGGUGCUGAAUCUUCUGUGGACAGACUAAUGAAACAAAUCGCUACUUUUGUAUCUGAAAUCAGUGAUGAAUUUAAAGUGGUUGUCAUUCAGGCAAUUAAGGUAUUGGCUUUGAAAUUUCCAAGGAAACAUGGCACACUUAUGAAUUUCCUAUCCGCCAUGUUAAGAGAUGAGGGAGGCUUAGAAUAUAAAGCAUCCAUAGCAGAUACCAUUAUAACCCUAAUUGAAGAUAAUCCCGAAGCUAAAGAAUCUGGUUUGGCGCAUCUUUGCGAGUUCAUUGAAGACUGUGAACAUGUUUCUUUGGCUGUGAGAAUCUUACAUUUGUUAGGAAAAGAAGGACCCAAGACCAAACAACCAUCAAGAUAUAUCCGUUUUAUUUACAAUCGUGUCAUAUUGGAAUGUCCCUCUGUAAGAGCUGCUGCAGUCUCUGCCAUGGCACAAUUCGGAGCUUCUUGUCCAGAUUUGUUAGAAAAUAUCCAAAUAUUACUUUCGAGGUGUCAGAUGGAUUCAGACGAUGAAGUUAGAGACAGAGCUACAUAUUAUAGUAAUAUACUAAACAAAAAUGAUAAAAGUUUAUACAACAAUUACAUUUUGGAUUCGUUACAGGUUUCAAUCCCUUCACUAGAAAGAUCGCUUAGAGAAUACAUUCAGAAUCCAACUGAGGAACCAUUUGACAUUAAGUCCGUGCCUAUAGCAGCAGUGCCAACAGCAGAAGAACGUGAAGUUAAAAACAAAUCUGAAGGACUGCUAGUCUCUCAAGGUCCAGUCCGACCUCCUCCGGUGUCUAGAGAAGAAAACUUCGCAGAAAAACUUAGUAACGUUCCGGGUAUACAACAGUUAGGUCCUUUGUUCAAAACUUCCGACGUCGUGGAACUCACUGAAUCUGAAACAGAGUAUUUUGUCCGCUGUAUCAAGCACUGUUUCAAACAUCACAUCGUCCUUCAAUUCGAUUGUCUCAAUACCUUGCCAGACCAGCUUUUGGAAAACGUUAGAGUGGAAAUAGACGCCGGUGAAACCUUCGAAGUUUUGGCAGAAAUACCUUGUGAAAAGUUGCACUAUAACGAAACUGGUACCACAUAUGUAGUAGUUAAGUUGCCCGAUGAUGAUCUUCCAAACUCUGUUGGUACGUGUGGGGCGGUGCUGAAGUUCUUAGUGAAAGAUUGUGAUCCAUCAACUGGAAUACCAGAUUCUGACGAGGGUUACGAUGAUGAAUAUACGCUGGAAGACAUCGAAAUAACAUUAGGGGACCAAAUCCAAAAAGUAAGCAAAGUAAAUUGGGCUGCAGCUUGGGAAGAAGCUGCAGCUACGUAUGUAGAAAAAGAAGAUACAUACUCAUUGACCAUCAAUACGCUAAGUGGCGCUGUUAAGAAUAUUAUUCAGUUCUUGGGAUUACAACCUGCGGAAAGGACUGACAGAGUACCGGAGGGCAAAUCUACGCACACAUUACUUCUAGCUGGUGUAUUCAGGGGCGGCAUUGACAUACUAGUAAGAGCAAAACUAGCUUUGGGCGAAUGUGUUACGAUGCAACUAACUGUCAGGUCGCCAGAUCCAGACGUUGCUGAGCUUAUAACUUCAACUGUAGGUUAAGCUUUAAUACUACGUUAAUGAUUAUGUAUUACAAUUUUUCCAUAUGUAUAAAUAUUUUGAUUUAUUUAAAUUUUAUUAGAAAUUAAACAAUUUUAAGUAACAA